UGGUUCAGACAUGCAUUGUCAUUGAUUGUCAAGAUUGUGGCAAUUCGCUAUCGUCUCUCUGGCAGGCUACAUAGUUUAAAAUAUUUUUCUUGUCCUUGGCAGCGUCAGUUUUGACUCGUAACUUGCUUCACAGAAUCCAAAUGCGUCAGAAGAUAUGGGCAAAAAGAAAGGAAAAAAGCAAGACGAGAAUUGGGGAGAAACAGCAUCAGGAGGGCUGGAUAUUGCCUCGUCAGUAGAUGCAGCAGUUGAUUCACCUGUACAGUUGCAACAACAAAAAGGAGGAGGAGGAGGGAAGAAAGGGAAGAAGAAAAAGCAAUUUGAUGAUGACGAUAUUGAAUCAGAGCUUUUGGCAAUUGCAAAUGAAGACGGUCUUGAUGUGACUGGCAAUAAAUCUGAGAAAGAGGCAGAAUCUUCAAACAAUGCUACUGAAAUUUCUACUGUUGCUCCUGAACCUGUUUUACCACCUGCAAAGAAAAGUGGAAAGAAGAGCCGUAAGAAAGACAAAGACUGGGAUGAUGAUGACAUUCUUCAAGAAUUAGAACAAUUAAGCUUGGAGAGUUCAAUGGCACCAGACAGUACUGUACCUAGUGUUUCAGAUCCAGUUUCUACGAGUGGCACAAGUAAAUCAUUGGAACAACAUGUUUGUGAUGAUGAAGACACAAAGAAAACAGGCAAAAAGGGCAAGAAAGGGAAAAAGACCAGUGAGAUUGACCAACUUGUCCAGGCUAUUGAGAGCUCUGAUGUCAUUCCCAAAGCCACACCCACAGAGGCUUCGCCUACAAUUACUGGUGAACAAGAUUCUGCAUCUCAGUUUCAUAUUAAAACAAAAUCCGAAAAGAAGGAAGCAAAAAAAGAAAAAGAGAGGCGGCAGAAAGAGUUGAAGAAGCAGCCAAAGCUGGCUGAUAGAAGCGAUAUAGAAACAAUUGCAUUGUCUACCAGCAAUCCUCUUAAUGAUAAGCCUGCUUCUGUGGAUGAUUCUGCUACUACUGCUGCUACCUGUGAUCCUGAUCCUCCAAAACCAUCAUCACCUACUGUUGAACUGCCAUCUGCCAAUGAUCCUUUGAUUUCUAGUACUCAAACAAUUGAGGAUGAUGUUGGUCAGGAAGAAGAAGAUGACAAAGAUGAUGACAAAAAGAAAAAGAAAAAGAAGAAAAAGAAAGGAGAGAAGGAAGAAGACAAAAAAGCAGCAAAGGCUAAAAAAGUAAAGAGUGCAGUCCAGAAAAUGAAAGAAGAGAUUGAAGCUCUGCGGCAGGCACAGAGGAAGAGGGAGGAAGAAGAAUUGGCGAAAGUGAGAGCAGCAGAAGAGGCAGAAAGGCUUCGUUUGGAGAAGAUAAGACUGGAACAAGAAAAAAAGGAAAGAAAGAAACAAAAGGAAAAGGAGAAAAGAGAGAGGUUAAAGAAAGAAGGGAAGCUUCUUUCUAAGUCAGAGAAAGAGAGACGAGCAAGAGCUAAUGUUCACUUGCAAGCACUUGUUGCUCAAGGUAUGAUAGUGCCACAAAAAUCUGACAGUGGUGAGAAAAAGGGACCAGUAAGAUAUGGUUCCAAAAUUAAGAAGCAGAAACGACCAGAGCAAGCUACUGUUUCCUCACCAGCUGAUGAAUCAGAAUCUCUUAUUGAUGAAGGAAUAUCUAGUGUGUCUGAGGGGGCCAGUGUCAUAACUGAAGAAGAAGAGGAUGUUAAGGAAAGUUGGGAAGAUGCAGAUGAUGUGGAGGAGGAGGAAGAGGAGGAUAUUGUUGCUGAUGAUUUGCAAGGUGAUGAUGAGAAGUCACCUCCUGACACUCUCAUUGCUAUAACUGAUCCUGUGCCUGAAGCCACCGAGUAUGUGGCAUCUUGUGAUAAAGCUGUGGAUAGUGAUGACACUGUAGAUGAGGAUAGUGAUAGUGACAGUACUAGUGAAGAUGAGGAAGAGAGUGAAGAUCUAACACCUUAUGACAAAGCAAAUAAACGAAUUAAGGAAAGACGCUCCCGUUACCAAAACGAAAGGUCACCUGAUCUUUUAAGGUCACCAGUUGUUUGUGUUCUUGGUCAUGUUGAUACUGGAAAAACAAAAAUCCUUGACAAGAUACGGCACACACAUGUUCAAGAUGGAGAAGCAGGAGGUAUUACGCAGCAAAUUGGAGCCACUUUUGUACCACCAGAUGCUAUUAUGGAACAAACCAAAAUGAUGAAAGAGUUUUCUAAAAAUGAAAUGAAGGUUCCUGGAUUGUUGAUCAUUGAUACACCAGGCCAUGAGUCAUUCAGCAACUUAAGAACACGAGGCUCCUCAAUGUGUGAUAUUGCUAUUUUAGUAGUAGAUAUAAUGCAUGGACUUGAACCUCAAACGAUUGAAUCUCUUAAUCUAUUGAGAAAAGGAAAUGUACCAUUUGUUGUAGCACUCAAUAAGAUCGACAGAUUGUAUAACUGGUUGCGUAAUCCAACUUCUAGUGUAAAGGAUACACUAAAGAAGCAGAAGCAGAACACUAAAGCUGAGUUUGAUGAAAGAGUGCAGUCAGUCAUUCUUCAAUUUGCUGAACAAGGAGUUAAUGCCGCAUUGUAUUGGGAUAAAGUUGAUUUUAAGGAGUACAUUGCACUAGUACCAACGUCAGCUCAUUCGGGUGAUGGUAUGGGUGACCUCAUAUCACUGAUAGUAUCACAUAGUGAGGAGUAUCUUACUGAAACACUCAUGUUCUCUAAAGAAGUUGAAGCUAUUGUGUUAGAGGUGAAAGUGAUUGGUGGAUUAGGUACUACUGUUGAUGUCAUAUUACGAAACGGUAUUUUGAAUGAGGGUGACACUCUGAUAUUAGUUGGUAUUGAUGGGCCAUUUGUGACACAAGCUAGAGCAUUGUUAAUGCCUCAGCCUUUGAGAGAAUUAAGAGUUAAAAAUGCUUAUAUCAACCACAAGACAAUCAUAGCAUCUCAAGGAGUUAAGAUUACUGGUAAGGAUUUAGAGAAGGCUUUAGCUGGAAUGCCAGUACUUGUUGCGAAGAAGCCAGAUGAGAUUGAUGUGCUUAAGGAUGAAGCAGCCUCAAUGAUGUCUUCCUUACUCAAUACAUUCAAACUUUCUGAGAGAGGUGUUUUUGUGCAAGCUUCAACUCUUGGCUCCCUUGAAGCUCUUGUUGAUUUUCUUAAGUCAUCUAAAAUACCCUAUGCUGGAGUAAACAUUGGACCUGUACAUAAGAAAGAUGUCAUGAAAACAUCUGUAAUGCUUGAAAGAGACAGCCAAUGGGCAUGUAUUCUUGCAUUUGAUGUGAAAGUUGAGAGAGAUGCACAGGAACUGGCUGAUAGUUUGGGUGUUCGAAUAUUCACUGCUGACAUCAUUUAUCAUCUUUUUGAUAGUUUCAUGAAAUAUCGGGAAGAACUGAAGGAAAGAAAGAGGAGAGAGAAUGAGCACAUUGCCACAUUCCCUUGCAAGUUGAAGAUACUUCCUAAUUGUGUCUUUAAUGCUCGUAACCCAAUCAUUGUUGGUGUGACAGUCGUUGCUGGUAUAAUUAAACCUGGUACACCUAUUGUUGUCCCUUCUAAAGAGUUUGUUCAUUUAGGUACUGUUUCAAGUAUAGAAAUUAAUCAUAAGCCUGUUGAUAUUGCUCGUAAAGGAUCAGAAGUUUGUGUUAAAAUUGAGCCAACUUCUGGUGAUGCUCCUAAACUUUUUGGUCGCCAUUUUGAUUACGAUGAUCUUCUUGUGAGCAAAAUAUCGCGGGAGUCAAUUGAUGCUGUUAAGAAGUACUUUAGGGAGGAUCUUCAGAAAGCUGACUGGCAGUUGAUGGUGGAACUUAAGAAAUUGUUUCAAGUUUAUUAACUCAUGUACUGUUAACAUAUUAUUUCCUGUUUCUAUUGCUAUUGUUGUUCUUGUAAUAAAUUGUCUAUAUUUUACACGA